AUGAAUUCGCCAUUUGCAAAUCGCCGAAAGCCGCGAAAGAUUGGUAAUGAAGAUGAGGAAGAUUCUACUACUACAGAGCAAGGUUCGCGAAACCCCGCCACAUGUAUUCCAAGAUUGAAGCUUACAUGCCCAGCAGACAAUGGACCGGUUGUCCGAAGACCGGGUAACCUGAAAUCGAAACAAAAAUCCAAACUCCGACUCUCCUUCGGCCCCGGCGAAACGUCAAUGGCGGAUGAUGGCGGCGAAGGUAGCGAAGUCGUCACUCCCAAGAGACCAGGUCUCGGUCGUCGCGUGCUCGAGAGAAACGCCCUUCAGAAAGCCACAAGUGCUAGUGGACCGAAACAUCUCCCUUUCAGAGUUGGACAAGAUCAGGAUAGGCCGUCUUAUGGAGAAGAUCAUCUCCAAGAAUUGCGAAGCUCAACGCCUUCCACGCCCAAAUACUCGGACAGUGACUCAUCGGACGUGAAGAACGAGCAAAAAGCAGUUGAUGUUGCGGCCAAAUUUGGAGAAAUCAUGGAAACAUCUGGUCCUAUAGUAAUACCAAGUGAGGCAGAGAUUCGGGAGAAGAAAGCUCGCAGGGCGAGACUAGCCCAUGAACAAGAUGAUUAUAUUUCCUUGGACGAUCGUGAGGUCGAUGAAGAGGAGGAGUACAUGGCCUUGAAUUCUGGAAAGGAGGAGACUCGGCUUGUCAGAGACGACGAAGAUUUCGCAGAAGGGUUUGAUGAGUUUGUCGAGGACGGGAAGAUUUCCCUGGGGAGAAAAGCAGAGCGCGAACAACAGCGAAAAAAUCGCGAGCAAAUGCGGGAGAUGAUUGAAGAUGCUGAGGGAAGUUCGGAGGAAGACGAUUCGGAUGCAGAGCGCAAUGCUGCGUAUGAGGCUGCUCAGACUCGCGCCGGUAUGGACGGCUUGAGCCAUGGCCGACGUGAAGUUGCUCGCCCCAAGACGCCACCAAAAGUCACUCCGUUGCCGAACCUAUCCAGUGUACUCGGUCGACUCCGCACAUCUUUAUCAGAGAUGGAGAACUCGAGAAAGCUUCUGGUUGACCGCAUGGAGGAGCUCCGCAAGGAAAAGGCUGACAUUGCAGUCCGCGAGGUCGAAAUCCAGACGCUGAUCAAGGAGGCUGGGGAAAACUAUGAGAAGCUCCGCAUCGAAGCCGGACUCGCUCCUGGUGAAGAGAGGUUGCUGGCGGAUGUUGCUCCGGCUGAUCGUGGUUUAGAGAGUUUUGGAACGUCGCAGGCCGUUUCUCGCAUCGAUUCUGAAGUCGAGUGA